CUGGGAACUGUGUCAAUCGAGACAGUAAACUGACAGAAAGCAGGUUGCCCCCACUCCCAGACAUAAAUUCCGAUUCCCAUUGAAAUUCUUAGCAAAAAUCUAUAACUUUGGGUUCUUUGGAGCCGAAAUUCCGAAAUGAAGGUGGACGUGCAGGCGCUCUAUGAGCACUGGAUGCCCAAGUACCUCCAGGUGCAACCCGCCAAGAUCAGGAUAACGAUACUAUACCGCUUCAUGCUGGCGAGUGUCCUCUGCUUUGUGCUGGACUACCAGCUGCUGGCCAUGUUCCUCUGCCUCAAUCUCUUUGAAGCGCGAAGACCAAGUAGUUCCCUGGGCGGGAUCUUCCUGUGGACCUUCUUCUCGGUGUACACCUCUGUGAUAAUGCUGAUCAUACGAGCCGGGACGGCAGGAUAUGGCUGGCUACUCUGCAACAUACACUACUCGGAUCCAAUCCUCUACCGGAAUCGAAGAGAUCGGUUCGCCGACGAGUGGCCGCUGCUCUUCAGGAUACUGUCAACGCUGCUCUUCAUAACCGCCAUGACCAGCAUCCUGUUUUCCUCCUUUGUGGACACGAAGGAGACCGGAUACCUCCUCACCUGUGGCCUCCUCUGCGGCAUAACCCAUUUUGUGACCAAUUUCGAGAAGACCUUUGAGAGAUUCCCAAUGCCUAUACUGCAAAUAAAGUUCCACGAGGCCCUCAUCAACCUUUGGUGGCGCACCCUGAAGAGGUCCGGCCGGGAGGCCUUCUACCAGACGCUCCGAUUUUCCCCGAUCUACUGGUAUUGGACGGGACGUCUGGGCAACACCAUCACCCAGCCGGGACUCCACCUCCAGUGCUGGCUGCUGUCGACCCUGAUCCUGACCAAACUCCAUAUGGUUAGGAGACUCUAUGGCCUGGUAAUGCAGCGUCCCCUGCCGCUGAUAAUCGACUCCCCGGAGCUGCACGAGAACCCCAAGACAUGCCUCUUCAACAUAAUUGUGGGUCGUGUGAUGCACUUUUACUCCACGAUGCAGAUGGUGCCCCUUCCAAGGGAUCUGCAGGUCAACAACCUGAUGCUGCCGAUCGAAAUGGUCCUCAGUGCCGGCAGAAUACACGGCUUCCGGCUCCUGGCCACCCGGGAGUUCUACGCCGCCAUGUCGGGGAAGUUAUGCAACAAACUAUUCGUCCUGAAAGACAUGAAGAACAUUCAUUCCAACUGGGCGGAGCUGCGCGACCUCUUGAUCAGUGACAUCGAGGAGUUCGUGCAGCGGCUCCAGAACUGCACCCAGAAGUUCCACCCAAAGAAUAGGACCGUCAAUGUCAAGACUCCCAAGGCCGGACUGCGUCCCCUCAUGCUGCCAUCUCCGAAGAAACUCCCAGUAUGGCGCAAUGCCUGCCACCAGUUCUCGAGACCCGUCGAAUGGUACUUCCUGAAGUGGUUGAAUGUCCUAGGACUCUUCUUGGUCAACAAACUCAUUGGAUUGAAGCGCCACCUGCUAGAACAGCUUCCAGCAAGCGAGCAUUUACAUCGGUACUUUUACGAGGAGGACGUCCUGGCCGAGCUCAACCACGAGCUGCGGUGCGGCGAGCCCAUGGUUUGGAUGCUCCAGGGCCUGGUUAGUGUCUUUAUGAGGUCUAUUAAGGAGGAUCGGUAUGGUAUCGUCCAGAACGACCUGCCCCUCGUCUUCGAGACCCUUCACAAGGUGGAGGACCAGUUGAAUUCCGCCACCUUACUAAUCCACAAGCACAGGUGUAAUUGCCUGAAGACAUCCCCGAGCCACGAGCUCCUGUUGACGGCCAUCAGGCGCUGCCAGUGCAGAAUGCUGACGACCUUUGGCCCCCACUUGGACUUUAUUCUGGGACGGUGCGAUUUGAAAAGAGCCCUGGAGGAGAGGAUGGAACUCAUUUACUAAUUUUAUG